AUGUUCCGCCCAGAAGGGAACCCGUGGCCUCUGCUCACAGUUCACUGGCCCUGCUCCACCACAAGGGGCCCAGGAAGUGCCCAGAAGGCAGAGAGCCUGAACCAGGUGGUGAACGGCCCCAGUGACGACCACACCACUUACCAGCUUGGUUUGGCAAGACCUGGUCCUCCCCUCAAAGAUGUCAGGAUGGCGGUCCUGGGUGGCCCACAACGCUCUGACUCAGUCGGUGGUGUGAGCAGUAAGACCUCCCCUGAGCAUAAAGAAGCAAGACUGGCCUCAGCACCCAUCACCUUGGGUGCUUUCUCAGUGAAAAUAAACUUGAUUAAAAUAACAGUGACCGCCUGGGCCCCGGCGGAUCCCUGGGACUCGCCUUCCACGAGGCUGCAGCAGACUUCCCGACAGCCCUCUGCUUCUCCGACUCUCAGGCUCUCUCCUGACCAGUCCGAGCGCGGCCAGCGGCCUGUGGCUGCGUUUCCCUCCACGUCAGCAAGGUGGGCCUCGGCUUCCUUCGAACCCACACUCCCUGCGGCCGCGGCUUCGGGCUCACCCCAAGAGCUCCUUGCGUGCACUGGCUCAAGGUCCUCUUUGAUCCAGUUGGGUUUUCUAACCUAGCCCUGCUGAAGUUAAAGGUUUUUUCUCCUUUAU